GAACAGGGCAAAGACACACAUUGGUUUAGGGAAAGAGCCAAGAGGUUUAAAGAGGAAUCAGAAUUUCAAAACAUUUAACUAAUUCAAAGGGAGACGCUGGAGCCUGAAAUGUGAGUCUAACUUUGAGUUUACUUUAAGCGAGGUGCACACAGAUCACAUGGUAAUGUUAUAAAAUAAGCUAACUUUAUUUAUCCCGAAGGAAAUUAUUGUUGCAAGGCUGCUCAGUCAGAAAUAUAAACUUAAAAAUAUGAAAUGUAAGCAUCGAGGUAUGAAAAGAAUACAAAAUGCGCAUUAAAAAGUAACAGUGCAAUGUACAGAUGUACAAAACCAUAGACUUGUGUACUUUAGGAGGAGGAGGUCGUAGAGUCUUAGGAAUCAGUCGUUACUAAAGGUGCCCCUCUGUUUGUCACGGAGGGGCGAGAGGGAUUGUCCGUAAUGCUCCGUAGCUUCUGCAGCACCCUCCUCUCAGGGGGUCCGGUUCCACCCCCCGAACAGAACCAGCCUUCCCAAUGGGCUUAUCCAUCUUGGCGUCAGCUGCUCUCACCCUGCCGCAAUUCAUGUAUUUAUACAUACAGCCCAUAAUGAAUUAUUUAAAUGAAGAAUGCUUACUCAACCAUAUAUAAGAUUGCUCAAAUAUUAUUGAAAUAUUAAAUACACAACAGGUUGUAUCUGUAACACAAAACCCAAGAGUGUGGCGGAGGCAGAUAUGCACAUUUGAAACAAGCACUCGAAAAGAACACAACCUUGUUGUGGUUUGGAGGCUUGCGUGCCUCAAUGACCCGGACAGCGAUGUUGACUGGAGUCGAGGCUUUGUGCUUUAGCUCUUGUGAGGGACACCCAUGCCAAACAGGUCAAAGGGUAGAGGUCAGAGUAAGAGAGGUCCACUGGUCGUCCAGGUUUCGGGGGUUCAAGUUCAGAGUUAACCACCCCGACUAGUCAAACAAACUGUUACAGAAACAGCAAAGAAGCAGCCUUCUACAUCUAAGUGUGACAGUAUUCCUGAGUCUCCAGUUGGAUAUUGUUGACUGACAGGAGUGAAAACUGAGAGGAAGCUACUGACAUGAAGAAGGAAGCCUUGAACACUGCAAGAGAUGGAGGACCCUCAUUGCUGCCCUAAACAGCAGAGGUGUAGCGGGCAAAAGAGACUCGAGUCACGAGGUUGUAGAAAAGUAUAGGAACAGUGUAGAUGGACAACAAGAACGUGUGGGUAGGUGACCAGUUUCCGUGUUGUACCUCCAUACAACUUGCUGCACAGGUCUACCAGAAUGAUCUGCAGAAUCAAAGAGUUAACAAUGAGAAGCGUUUGAUAGCCCUGAGCUUGUACUCGCUGGAGUUUAGAAGAAUUGGGGGUGGGGUAGAACGGAUGUGAGGAAAACAUUUCUUACAGUGGGAGAAUCUAGGACCAGAGGACACAGCCUCAGAACAGAAGGGUGUCCCUUUAGAAUUGAGACGAGGCAAUGACUCUUUGCUAUUGAGCUGCUCCAACUGAGCCACGGUAACCAGGGGAAUGGAGAGACCAAAGGCACACUGCAUCUGCCAGAGUCAAAAAAGUGAAGAGUCAGAAAAUCUUCAUUCGUGAUGAGAUGUGUUGGUGUGAUGUGGGCACUCAUGGUCCUUCCGUGGCAGAUUUUCCCACAGAAAUGGUUUGCCAUGGACUUCUUCUGGGCAGAGUCUUUACAAGAAGGGUGACCCCAGUCAUUAUUAGUACUCUUCAGAGAUUGUCUGCCUGGCGUCAGUGGUCACAUAACCAGGGCUUCUGACCUGCACCGGCUGCUCAUACGACCAUCCACCACCUGCUCCCCUGGGUUUACGUGACCCUGAUCUGGGGUGGGGUGGGGGCUAAGCAGGUGCUACACCUUGCCCAAGGGCGACCUGCAGGCUAGCAGAGGGAAGGAGCCCCUUACACCUCCUUUGGUAGAGACGUAUCUCCACCCUGCCAAGCAAAGAACAUCUUAGCAGUCACAAACAAAUUGCCCAUGAACACUCCCCCCUUGCUUUUCUUUCACGUUAUUUAUUUUUGUAACUUGCAGUAAUUUUUAAGUCCUGCACUGUGGAAGGACAUCCCUUUAAGGCUAGGAUGAGGAGGAAUUGCUUUAGCCAGACGGCGGUGAACUUGUGGAAUUCAUUGGCGCAGACGGCCGUGGAGGUCCAGCGGAAGCUAAUUAGUUCUUGAUUGGCCGGGGUGUCAAAGGUUAUAUGGAGAAGGGCUGAGGGUGCGACUGAAAAGGAAAAUAUGAUGGAAUGGCGGAACUGGUGAUGUAAAGCGUGGUGCUAACCACAAUACUGAAGAUUUAUGUUGGAAAGCCGUGCAUCUGGAGCAGGGUCUCCCAACCUUGUUUAUGCCGUACCAUUAAGCAAAGGGUCCACGGACCCAGGUUGGGAACUCCUGAUCUGGAGUCACAGAGCAGCUUUAAUGGAAGGAACGGACUUGAGGGGCUGAACAGCCUUUCCUGCUCCAGCCUAUUAAAUCUGCUUACAACAUCACACUUCUAUUAAACGAGCUCAAUGGGGAAUUACCCGCCCAUCAAAUCAAACAUUCAUAACAGCUGUAGAAAAGGGUUUCGUGGUAACCAAACUAAAUCCUCCUUAACCACAUCUGGUUACUGACAAAAACAGGAAGUAAAGACCUUACCUCCUCCCUGGUAAUAACCACACAUUCCACAUCUCCUCUACAGGUUGUUGGUGCCCAGCCAGAAAAUAAGGUAGAAAUAAUCUGGAAGGUGUGUCGUUCAAGUGGUUGAUGAUUGGGUCGAGUUGUCCUCCGAUCUCGGUGAUUUACUUGUAAAUGUUUGGUCCCCAUACGAGCAGACGACGUCAGUGCACUGUUGAUCACUGGUGGAGUGUCCUCCGAAUGCUUGGCCUUCGUACCCAUCAGCAGAUUCAUUAGAGAAACUCAGUUGUGCUGUGGGGAGGAAAUCCCGUUGCUAAUUGUCUCCAUGUGUUCUGGUCUGGAUUUUGCCCAGUCGGAUCAAGGUCCACACGCUUGCUUACGGAAUUGCCCAGUCGGAUCAAGGUCUACACGCUUGCUUACGGAAUUGCCCAGUCGGAUCAAGGUCCACACGCUUGCUUACGGAAUUGCCCAGUCGGAUCAAGGUCUACACGCUUGCUUACGGAAUUGCCCAGUCGGAUCAAGGUCCACACGCUUGCUUACGGAAUUGCCCAGUCGGAUCAAGGUCCACACGCUUGCUUACGGAAUUGCCCAGUCGGAUCAAGGUCUACACGCUUGCUUACGGAAUUGCCCAGUCGGAUCAAGGUCCACACGCUUGCUUACGGAAUUGCCCAGUCGGAUCAAGGUCCACAUGCUUGCUUACGGAAUUGCCCAGUCGGAUCAAGGUCCACACGCUUGCUUACGGAAUUGCCCAGUCGGAUCAAGGUCCACACGCUUGCUUACGGAAUUGCCCAGUCGGAUCAAGGUCCACACGCUUGCUUACGGAAUUGCCCAGUCGGAUCAAGGUCCACACGCUUGCUUACGGAAUUGCCCAGUCGGAUCAAGGUCCACACGCUUGCUUACGGAAUUGCCCAGUCGGAUCAAGGUCCACACGCUUGCUUACGGAAUUGCCCAGUCGGAUCAAGGUCCACACGCUUGCUUACGGAAUUGCCCAGUCGGAUCAAGGUCCACACGCUUGCUUACGGAAUUGCCCAGUCGGAUCAAGGUCCACACGCUUGCUUACGGAAUUGCCCAGUCGGAUCAAGGUCCACACGCUUGCUUAAGGAAUUGCCCAGUCAGAUCAAGGUCCACACGCUUGCUUACGGAAUUGCCCAGUCGGAUCAAGGUCCACACGCUUGCUUACGGAAUUGCCCAGUCGGAUCAAGGUCUACACGUUUGCUUACAGAAUUGUUUGCAGAAAAGCACACUUCUAGGAGUUCUCCUGCAUGUCUCGGGAUUGCUGGCACCUUGACCUUCACUGACGCCAGAGUGAAUUUGUGCCGUCUCAAUCUUUGUGGGUAAAACAUAGAAAACCUACACCACAAUACAAAGCUGUGCCAAACAUGUCCUUACCCUAGAAAUUACCUAGGGUUACCCAUAGCCCUCUAUUUUACUAAGCUCCAUGUACCUGUUCAGGAGUCUCUUAAAAGACUCUAUCGUUUCCGCCUCCACCAAUGUCACUGGCAGCCCAUUCCACACGCUCACCACUCUCUGCGUAAAAAACUUACCCCUGACAUCUCCUCUGUACCUACUUCCAAGCACCUUAAAACUGUGCCCUCUCAUGCUAGCCAUUUCAGCCCUGGGAAAAAGCCUCUGACUAUCCACAUGAUCAAUGGUUAGAGACAAGGGAGAGUUGGUCGUUUCGCUUUACAGUUGAUGUUCAUGGAUCCUUGUGGAUAGUUUCUCCCAGUUUGCCAAUGUAACAUUUGCUGCAGUCCCCACAUUGGAUAUCUCUCUCCCUCUCAUCUUGCAGUAUGACAGGCACAGAUCAUUGGAUAAGCAGCAUUCACAAAUUAGAUACAAGUUUUACAAGAACACAAUUAAAAACAAACACUUUAAGUGUAAAGAGUGAUCAGAGUGUUGCUAAGUUUUCCCAAGUAGGAUCUAUCCACCACAAAAAGCAGGAUUUCCCAGUGGCCACCCAUUUCAAUUCUACUUCCCUUUCUCAUUCCGACAUGCCAGCCCUCGGCCUCCUCUACUGCCACAAUGAGGCCAGAGCAACACCUUAUAUUCUGUCUGUGUAGCCUCCAACCUGAUGGCAUUAACUUCUAUUACUUGAACUUCUGGUAACUGCCCCCCAUCUCCUCUCCUUUAUCAUUCCUGUCUCCCUCUCUCACUAUCUCCUUACCUGCCCAUCACCUCCCUCUGGUGCCCCUCCCCUUCCUUUUGUGAACUCUCCUAUCAGAUUCCCCAGCCUCCAUCCCUCUAUCUCUUUCACCAAACGACUUCCCAGCUCCUCACUUCACCUAUCACCCGCCACCUUGCACUUCUUCCUCCCCUCCCCUCACCUUCUUACUCUGACCUCUCAUCUCUUGUUCCACUCCCGAUAGAGCGUCUGUCUCUUUUGCCCUUGUCCACAGACGCUGCCCGGCCUGCUGCACUCCUCCAGCGUUUCGUGUAUCAGCUGGGGUCUCCCUGCUGGGUUCACAUUAACCGGGGGAUGCUAGUGAGCGGAGGCUGGGGCAUUAGGAUACUCUUUUAUUCAUUUUUAUCCAACACCCU